CAAACCAAUCAGGUCAACCUGAGCAUUCAGCCUACCUACAGUGUUGUAGAGGACUACAAACCAAUCAGGUCAACCUGAGCAUUCAGCCUACCUACAGUGUUGUAGAGGACUACAACUACAAACCAGUCAUAUCAAGCAGCUAAAGAAUGCUGUCCUGGCUGUUUGUGAAAACAUCCUGUCUGUCUCUACUCAAACAGCCAGAGCCAUUUGUUAGUUUAUCCUCUAGAUUUCUCUCAUCAAUAGCCAGAUCCACUAAGAUCCAUUGCUUGUCACAAAUAUACAAAACCAGAUUCUCUCAGGUAGACAGACACUCAGCAGUCAAGUUUUCAUCUGACACAACUUUGAUGAGUCCAGUAUGGGGCAGGCUUGUGGUCAGGCUGGAAUGUAGAACUUUCUCCAGUUCAGUCAGAAGAUUUGCCCCCUCGUCUCCUUAUGGGAAGUCAAACAAGACAGGUCUCAUCUACAUCACAGCUGUAUUUAUAUUCAUGUUGGGUGGUGCUUAUGCUGGUGUACCGCUCUACAGAGUAUUUUGUCAGGCUAGUGGUCUAGGAGGUCAAGCUGUGAAAGGUCAUGACACAGAAAAAAUAGAAACAAUGGAGAAAGUCAACCGUAAAAUUUUAGUUAAAUUUAAUGCAGAUGUUGCAUCAAGUAUGAGAUGGAACUUUCGACCCCAACAAACUGAGGUCACGGUUUAUCCAGGUGAAACUGCUCUAGCAUUUUACACUGCCAAAAAUCCUACAGACAAACCUAUCAUAGGAAUUUCUACUUAUAAUAUCUUACCUUAUGAUGCUGGUCAAUAUUUCAAUAAAAUUCAGUGUUUUUGCUUUGAAGAACAAAGGCUGAAUCCAAAUGAACAGGUGGACAUGCCCGUGUUUUUCUACAUUGACCCCGAGUUUGCUGAAGACCCAAAGCUGGAGCAUGUUAACACCAUCAUGCUGUCCUACACGUUCUUCGAGGCUAAGGAGGGGCUACAGCUACCCCUGCCUGGGUACGCCAAGCCUCACCCCGCCACAUCCUAGUGGCCUGCUGUUGUUUGUAUAUUCUUAACACUAUUAAAUAAAGCCCCUACCAUUCAAUGAA